AUGAGUGCUGUUACUAUUAAGUCACGUUCGAAAUCCUUAAAGGAUGUUUCAAUUGAUUUAAACUCUAAGCCAACGUUAGAUUCUGUUUUACAAGAAAUUUCUAAACAAAAUAAGAACAUCAGCAAAUACAGAAUUAGAUUAACCUAUUUGAAAGAAUCUAAACAAGUUCCAAUCACUUCAGAAAAGUUCUUCCAAGAAGAAAAUACUCCAAGCAAUGAACAGAUUGAGCUUUUCAUCAAGGAUUUAGGUCCCCAAAUUUCAUGGAGAUUAGUCUUUGCCAUUGAAUAUCUAGGUCCAAUUUUGGUGCAUACUUUCUUCUACAAAUUAUCACAGAACCCUGAUGUUAUUGCUAAAUGGCAUCAUGAUCCUGAUAAUUAUAUGCCAGGAUUAAAUCAAUUGGCUUACUAUAUGAUUUUAGCACAUUAUUUGAAAAGAGAAUUUGAAACUUUAUUCAUCCACAAAUUUUCAUUAGCGACAAUGCCUUUAUUCAAUUUGUUUAAGAAUUCAUUCCAUUACUGGGUUCUAAACGGCAUGAUUGUCUUGGGUUAUUUCGGUUACGGAUUUCUCUUCAAUGACGAUAUUUUAUUCAAAGUUUACAACACCACCUAUUUAAAUAACAUCGGUUUAUUGAUUGGUCUAUUUGUUAUUAGUGAAUUCUGGAACUUCAUCGUUCACUUGAAAUUACGUAGAUGGGGUGAUAAACAGAAGGAACUAGGUAACGCUAAUAAGCGUGUUCCAAUCAAUGAAGGUUUAUUCACCAUGUUUGUUGCUCCAAACUAUACUUUUGAAGUAUGGAGCUGGAUUUGGUUUACCUUAGUCUUCAAAAUUAACUUAUUUGCUUUGAUAUUCUUAGUUGUCUCUGCAACUCAAAUGUAUUUAUGGGCACAAAAGAAGAACAGAAAGUAUGGUACUAGAAGAGCUUUCUUUAUUCCAUACCUAUUUUAA